UGACAAAAUAAAGCAGGCUUGCAACACUCCUUCUCUACUUCCCAUUCCCAGUAAAAAGCGAUCAAGAAUGGCUGACACUGCACAGGAAUUACCCAAGGAACUCGAUCUUGAUGGCCUGGUCCACUUGGAGAAUAUGUUCGUCGAGUAUGGUCGAGAGGAUGGUUUGGCGGCAGGAGUGAGGAGCGGCGUAAUUGAAGGAAGGGUGAUGGGAUGCGAAAAAGGAUUCGAGCUCUCUCGCGAGGUUGGAUAUUAUGCUGGAUGUGCUCAGCUCUGGAAGGCUAUCGCGCAGUUCGAUCAGGAGCGCAUUCCCGAGAAGACUCUGAAGAAGAUCAACUCGCUUCUGGACCUUAUCAACUCCUUCCCGCGCCAAAACCAAUUGGACGACGAUGUAAUUGCGCUUUUGGACAGGAUUCGUGGCAAAUUUAAGACAGUUGCAUCCGCAUUGCGGACCACUGAGCGAUAUGCAGAGGCACCCAAGAGCAAGAUGUUUUAUUAACGUCGGUUGUUGUUCCAGGAAUCAAUACGGAUGUCAUCACGACCAAUUUGUCGCCAGCCAUGGCUUGCCUUACUUGGUACCGAAUCUCCUCAUCUUUGCUGAUAAGAGUACUUCUAUUGCGAUGCAUGGGAUUCUUCGACGUUAAAAUGAAAAUCACUACUUGCCAGUGGAGCAGCUUUGACCGCGUUGCUCGUCUUCAAUGGGAUCCUGGAAUCUCGUCUAUCCAUGUCAAGUCCGUACGAAUGCACAUGCGUUGCGACAUGGCACUUUGCAAUGCAGAUCGCGCAAUGGCGCACAGUCCACUCUACGCUUUGUCUGCCGUCGGUAUCAGUAGCAGUUCAGACCGAUGUGUGCUGCUGAAAUAAACUUUUUUUUUCGCCUUCGUCAAUCUCCAAUUGUAUCAGAAUCAUCG